CAAAAACAUUUCUAAGCCAAUUUCCAAUAAGUCUCUUCUAAAUGGCUAAUAAUGUAGUUUCCGACCACCUCGAGCCAUGGCGGUCCUUGGCCGGAAAGGUUGUUAUGGUGACCGGUGCCUCAUCUGGAAUCGGUUGGGACAUAUGUCUUGAUCUGGCUAGCGCCGGUUGUAAGGUCAUCGCCGCCGCUCGCCGGAAAGAUCGUCUUCGUUCGAUUUGCGAUAAGAUGAAUGGCGAUCAAUCUUCUGAAGAACCACGGGCGGUGGGGAUUGAACUUGACGUGAGUGCAGAUGGACCGUCGAUUAAGUCUGCUGUAAAACAGGCAUGGGAAGCAUUUGGAACUAUUGAUGCUGUAAUUAACAAUGCUGGAGUUAGAGGCACUGUUAAAAGCUCUCUAGAUUUGUCCGAGGACGAAUGGGAUAGUACAAUGAGAACAAACCUAACGGGAACUUGGUUGGUUUCGAAGUACAUUUGUUCUCACAUGCGAGAUGCUAAAAAACAAGGAGGAUCAAUUAUCAACAUCUCUUCAAUUGCUGGUCUUAACCGCGGACAAUUGCCAGGGAGCGUUGCAUAUACAUCUUCAAAGGCUGCUGUCAACACAUUGACAAAGGUAAUGGCAUUGGAGCUCGGGGAAUUUAACAUAAGAGUGAACUCGAUAAAUCCAGGCUUGUUCAAAUCUGAGAUCACCCAAGGACUGAUGGAGAAAGAAUGGAUCAAUAACAUAGCUUUGAAAACUAUACCUCUAAAAUCAACAGGAACUGUGCAACCGGACUUGACAUCUCUUAUAAAAUACCUAAUUCAUGACUCUUCUGCCUUCGUAUCUGGAAACGUGUUCAUCGCAGAUGCUGGCGCCACUUUACCUGGUGUACCUCUCUUCUCGUCGCUUUAAAAGGCGAUGUCUAUCGAAAAAUACAUUUAUAAUUAAGGAAUUUGAUUAAAUUAGUAUCAAUUUAUUUGGGAUUGAUAGCUAGUAAUAUUAUUGGAAAAUGACAUUAAUAAUUCAGGAAUUUGAUUAAACUAGGAUCAUUCAUGUUGUGAUUGAUAGUUAAUAAUAUUGUUGAUUAUUGAA